AGCGUCUUAGGACCUCUCCUCCUCUGGUGACAGGACGACUCCGUUGACUGCGCGCAGUCUGGGCCCUGGGUGCUGCAACAAUGCGGUUGCCCUACCUCGGCGCCGCUGUCGUCCAUGACGUGCUGCUGCUGCUCUCCGUGUCGCACCUGGUCACCGCCCAGACUGCUGCUGCCGACUCCGCUACCUCGUCCGAUUCCCCGACUCCCAGUCCGCUCUGGAUCCAGCCGUCGGGCGACUGGUAUGGCAUAGACGGGACCUGGUCAAACUUCGCUUUCUACAUCGGCUCGCCCGCUCAGGUAGUGUAUCUGACCGUUGCCACCGCCCUGUCCGAAAUAUGGGUUAUCUCGACCGGUGGUUGUGUUCCAGUUCAACUAUGUAUUGAUGCCCGCGGCGGCGUGUUCGACUUAUCGCAAUCCGAAACAUGGAAACCACUGGGCAGUUGGCAGCUGGGCAUGAACUAUACCGGCAUGGGUGGCAACGGAGACUACGGACUCGAGACCUUCGCCUUCGUCAACAGAGUGACGCGCUACACAACCGCCAUGGACGACGUGCUGGUUGCGGCCAUCAACGACACCGACUACUACCAGGGAUACAUCGGCGUCGGUGUAACCCAGGGCAGGUUCGGGACGAAUCUCACCAACCCUUUCAUUUCGCAGUUGGUCGAAACGUACGGGACCAUCCCGAGCCAUGGUUAUGGAUAUACAGCGGGGGCCUACUAUCGAGAUGACGGUACGAAUGGUGGCACAGUGGCGUCCUUGACAUUGGGAGGCUAUGAUACUCUGAGAUUCAAGCCGCACAAGACGAAAUUCUCCCUUGAGCCGGUAACACGGCUGCCCUUUGUGCGGCUCCGCGGCAUCACAGCCGAGGUCCCGACGCUUGACGAUGCGCCCACGGGAAACUGGACGUCGACGACGAAACAGCUUGUCAAGAUGGAGGAUUCGAUCAUCGCCAUCAUCGACUCGUCGACACCGUACCUCUGGCUUCCUACGGAAGUGUGCGAGCGCUUCGCCUCGGCCCUGAACUUGAAAUGGAGGGAGGAUCUGGGUCUCUACGUCUUCUCCGACGGCGCCCAGUACACUCAUUACCAGUCCGACACGUCGCUCACGUUCACCUUCUCACUUUCCAGCUACCAGAAUGCCGACAACUUUGGGCAGCCUCUCAACACACCCGGGGUUGUCAACAUUACCCUCCCAUCUGCCGCAUUUGCGCAGCUCCUCCGGUACCCCUUCAAGAAUGUAAUCCAGUGGGGUGACUCGAGUGUGCCGUAUUUUCCCUUGAAGCGGUCGACCAAGGAGGUGAACAACAACCAGUACAUUAUCGGGCGCACGUUUCUUCAGGAGGCAUACAUCAUCACCAGCUACGACAGGGGGACUUUCUCGCUUCACCAGGCCCUGUUUCCCCAAAACUCAACGAACAACUAUACGCUCGAGGAGAUCACGCGUCCGAUGGACAGCCCCUAUCCAAAGUACGAAAGUGAUCCCCCGCCCAGUGAGGGAUUGAGUACUGGCCAAACGGUGGGUAUCGUUGUGGGUGCCUUCAUUAUUGGCAGUAUCGCCGCUCUCGUACUGUGGUUCUGCCUCUCUCGCAAACGGAAGGAGAGACGCAAGGAGAAACAGAAAGAGGCGCCCGUACAAGAGGAGGAGAACAAUGACGCUGCUCACAAGGAGGAGGAGGACGUGGACGAGGAAGAACCCCAGAGCCCAAUCAAACGGAUGUUGACAAAGAUCAUCCGGAAGAAACGAUCAAGGAGGCCGGUGUCACAGCAAACGAACGAGACCAACGCGGGACCAGCUGAGGUUGGAGCCGACGCACAACAUCAGGUUUUCGAGAUGCCCGUGCCCCCUGAACCCGUCGAGCUGGAUAGCCACGACAUCGGAGACGACGACAGCGAUUUUGGCGGUGACAGCACGCCGGGGAUGAGCCAAUACGAGAUCACCAGACGAAAACUGGAUCGCCAGCUUCAGGGGCCCGUGCCGACCUAUACCCCCACAGUCACAAUUCCCCCGGCGCCGGCGCAUGGGAAGUCGAUGCAUGACCCGAGCCCUGUGGCUCAUUACCGGCCACCCGAAGACCCAUCACCAACGUCAACGCCGACGUAUGCGAACGGCGGCUCACUCCCCGGCACCCUCCCAUCCCCGUUGACGCCACAUGGCGACUGGGCGAAUCGAGGGUUCGACCUCCCCUCACCGAUGACGAUCGCUCCCCAAACCAAUCUACUCCACGCACCCUCCAAUGUGUCGGAUCACAACUACUCGCCCGUCUCCCCCCAUUCACCGCAUUCGCUACAUUCACUACAUUCACUACAUUCACCGCACACGUAUGCCCCGUCGUCCAUCACCCGCUCAGGCUCGGAUGUGUCUCCUACUACACCGACCGGAUCGGUGCAGUUACCAACCCCAGCAAUCCAACGGACUCCCAUCGAUUCAUCACGGGUGGUAUGCCUGGGUCCCCUACCGGAGAACGUUCCGCUACCGCGCCCGCAACGAUCCAUACCACGAAUAGUAACCCCGAGUCAUCCUUCGGCUAUGCCCAGGGAAAACACCGAAGCCGGACCGGCCUAUAUGCAGACGCAGGACCUCCCUCUCCCCCAAACUCCGGGGCACCAUCGAUCGCUCACACAGGGCUCGACGGACACGCUUGGUAGUGACUAUACUGUCGAGGAAGAGACGCGUCUCAGGGCCGAGAAUUCGACCGCGAGACCGCAAACCAUCGGACAGGAGCACCAGCACGAGAGUCACGACCACGACAUACCCCGCAGCCCCUGCAGCAUGGAGCGCAUAGAGGCUGGCUCGGAGCUCGUCCACGUGCCACAGGUGGCCGAGAAGCGGUAUAGCUGGGAAGAUGACCAGGGCGAGAGCCUCAGCUGACCAAAUCCUGCGGUCACUGCAUGACGACGACUUUUGCGCGACUCAAUGAUUCCGAUUCCUCUUUUUUUUCUCUCUCCAACUCACUACGUCGACUAUCGUAUAUAUUACAGAAUCCUUGGGGUCUGCGCGUU